AACUGACCUCUGAACUCCUCGUUUUACUCCGCGCCCAUCGACCGCCUUCCAGAACGCCGUUGAUUGCAUCGCAGCGAUUACUAGUACAGUCAGUAGUGUUAGGCUGUGCUGUUAGUGAAAGCUGUUAAGGGGAGGGGAGACCGGCAACUCAGCUAUCUCGCCUGCUUUUUCCCCUCUUUGUCUACUCCGACAUCUUUUUGCCCUCCCUCAACUUUAAAUACCCCAGAGAUCAAAGUCCGUCGCUCUGAGGGCUUCCGCCCGUUUGGUUUCUGCCUUGCCGAUUGCCUUUGCCGUCUGUGUUGUCUCUAGGGAGCUCGAGUCCACCACCCCGGCUUCCCUGUGAAAAUGGCCCAGCAACAGGAUGACAAUGUUAUGCGAAGAAAGCUGGUGAUCAUCGGUGACGGCGCCUGUGGGAAAACGAGUCUGCUGAGUGUUUUUACAUUGGGCUACUUCCCUACACAUUAUGUCCCAACGGUGUUCGAGAGCUAUGUGACAGACUGCCGGGUAGACGGCCGGUCAGUCCAGUUAGCAUUGUGGGAUACAGCCGGUCAGGAAGAUUACGAGCGACUGCGUCCGCUAGCCUACUCCAAAGCCCACGUUAUCCUGAUCGGAUUUGCUGUCGACACGCCAGAUUCGCUCGAGAACGUCAAGAUCAAGUGGAUCGAAGAAGCGAAUGAGCGAUGCCCCGGCGUACCCAUCAUCCUCGUUGGGCUGAAGAAGGACCUCCGCGAGAACCCCGGAGCGAUCGAGGAAAUGCGAAAGAAGUCUCUCCGAUUUGUGUCGCCCAAGGAAGGAAGUGAAACAGCAACGCAGAUCAAGGCCCGAAAAUACCUUGAGUGCUCUUCGCUAACAGGCGAGGGUGUGGACGACGUCUUUGAAGCCGCCACCCGCGCCGCGCUCCUCACCUUCGAUAAGCGGAAAUCCUCAUGUUGCAUUGUGCUAUGACACGACUGAAAAAUGGAUAUGCAAUGCCAUGUCUAUGUGAUAACGGGAGACAGCGACCUCGAACUCGUGAUCUUUUCCUAGAUGAGACGUCUUAUUAUGCCUAGCGUCGGGUCAUGGUAGAUUGGAUUUUGAAAAUGGAGGACCGACUCGUGGAUAAAUGUUGGUUGAUUUGAUAUAUCUUGCAUUUUUGGCGUCUGGUGGCCUUGAUUUUCUGUCUUCGAUUUGUUUGUUUUUUAUUUUCUUUCAUGCUAUGUCUAACAAUCCUGUUCUUUUCAUUCAUGUUCAACCAUGUUUUUCCGGAUACCCAUACCGUUCCUUAAUACCUCUUGAUGGUUUCUACAUCACGGGCACUCCGAGUUCCCUCCUUAGCUGUCGUUGUAUUUUCAUCUUACAUAGCUCUACUUUCGUUAUAUUCACACCAUUCGGAAGCA